CAGAGGAGCGAACGCUGCUUGCGAAUGACGUCAAAGCCGGAGUACAAGAUGGCUCCGUUCGGUCGGUAAACGAGCGAUCGAGAGUCACCGGAACCGAGCGAACCGAGUCCGUGAUCCCGAGAGGCGAGCAGCGCGAGGAUGGACCCCGCCGAGUUCAUGGAGACCAUGGACCCGAGCCUGUCCGAGCUGGGCGAGUUCACGCUGGGAGACAUCGACGAGAUGCUGCAGUUCGUCAGUAAUCAGGUGGAUUUCCCGGAUCUCUUUGAGGAUCAGAUGGGGGGCGGUGCCGUGGCUCCUGUGAAGCCCCUCCCACAGACUGCUCCCAGCACCAUACUGACGCCCCCACACACGCCCAUACAGACCAGCAGCCAGACGCAAACACAGACACGCACACCGCCGCUGCUACAGCCACGACCACAGCCCAUCACACAGCAGCAGGUGCAGACGCAGACGUUCCCCAUGCAGACGCUGGCACAGCCGCAGACGGUGAUGAUCACGCCGACCCCCACGCAGACACACCGAUUCUUCCAGAACCAGGUGAUCUGCCAGCAGAACCCCAGCGCCGGCUUCCAGGUCCUCCAGCCGCAGAUGCAGAGCAUCAUGACAUCACCACAGGUCCAACAGAUGACCAUCCAGCACCAGCGGCUGCUGACUUCGUCCGGUCAGACCUUCCAGACACUGUCCACCGCGCCGGUCCACACUGUAUCACAGCAGGUGCCUGUGCUGCUGCAUCAGCCACAGAUCCUGAAGACAGACUCUCUGGUUCUGACCACGCUCAAACCGGACGGGACACAGGUGCUGUCGACCGUGCAGAACACACCGGGUAUCACCACGCUCACGGCACCCAUCCAGACCACCUCGCUGCAGGUCCCUACAUUGAUGAGCAGCAACAUUCUGACCACCGUUCCCAUGGUGAUGGGAGGCAGAGACAAGCUGCCAAUCAAACAGCUCUCCUCAGGCACCGCCCACACAGGGGGCGUGGAGCAGGGCGUGGCCAUUACCGCUGGAACGGGAGGAGUCGUGAAGGAGGGCGAGAAACGAACGACACACAACAUCAUCGAGAAACGCUACCGAUCGUCCAUCAACGACAAGAUCCUGGAGCUGCGCGACCUCGUGAUGGGCAGCGACGCCAAGAUGCACAAGUCUGGGAUUCUGCGUAAAGCCAUCGACUACAUCAAAUACCUGCAGCAGGUGAACCACAAGCUCCGGCAGGAGAACCUGACGCUCAAGAUGGCCAAUCACAAGAACCAGUCGGUGUGUCUCUCUGAUGAUGUGGAUCUGAAGCCAGAGAUGGCCUUCAUCUCUCCUCCUCCGUCAGAUUCGGGCUCCAGCUCCCCCCCUCAGCUCUCGCCCUUCUGCAUCGACUCGGAGCCGUGCAGCCCCCUACAGGAGCACGAGAUGGUGAAGAGCGAGCCGGACCUGUCGUCGUCAGUGGGAGUGCUGGACCGCUCGCGUCUGCUGCUCUGCACGCUCACCUUCCUCUGUGUGUCGCUCAACCCUCUUCCGUCUCUGCUGGGGUCCGAGGACAGCGCCGGGAUGACGGCCGCGCAUGGGUCCUCGCGCUCGCUCUUCUCUCUGCCCGCGCAGACGCAGAGCUUCGGGGCGUGGCUGUGGUGCGUGUUGCCGUGGCUCCUGGUGUGGGUCCUGAGUGGAGUGGGCGUGGUCUGGGGGUGUGUCCGUGUGCUGUACCUGUGGGAGCCGGUCACGCCCCUUCACUCACCCACCUCAGUGCGCUUCUGGAGGCACAAGAAACAGGCCGACCUGCAGCUGUACCGGGGAGAUUAUGCCGCAGCCACGGUCAGUCUCCACACCUGUCUGUCCGUCUUGUCCAGAGUGCUGCCCUCCUCCACCCUCGACAUCAUCUGCUCGCUCUCCUGGAACCUGAUUCGCUACAGCCUGCGGAAACCCGCCCCCCUGGGCUGGCUGGUGCGUCUGGUUGGAGGGAGACACGAGGGGGAGGAGUCACAGACCAGCUCACGCGAUGCAGCACUGGUGUAUCACCAACUCAACCAGCUGCAGCUCACAGGUAAGCUGGAUCAGCGGCCGCUCUGGGGUGUGUGUGUGUCUCUGAGCGCUGUGAAUCUGAGCAAGAGCGCGGAGGGGAAGAUGCCGGUCGCUCAGCAGAUCCAGAUCUUAGUGACAGCAGCCAUCAGUCUGAGAGCAGCGCUGGGGAAACACCUCACCUGUCUGCCCGGUUACCUGCUGAGCUGCCACACACACACACACACACACACACACACACUGAUUAAACACCUCACACACCUGCUCUUCACGCCGCUGGGCCGCCAGUUCUUCCUGAGCUGUGAUUGGUCAGUGAGGGCGGAGAGCAGCGAGCAGAUCUUCACAUCUAAGAGAGAUAAAGCGGAUCCCAUCGCGCAGCUGCACCGCUGCUUCUGUGAGAAGCUCCUGGAGAGAGCCGUGCACACACUGAUCGAGCCGCAGAGCAGCAAACGAGCAGAGGACGCUGGGGAGUUCACUGGUGUUCUGGAGUUCCUGCAGCUGCUGGACAGCUGUACUGAAAACUCCGCCCCCUCCACCGCCCCCUUCCCUGUGCUGGCCAAUCAGAGCUCCACACCAGUCAGGGACCCUGUGUGCCGCUGGUGGGCGUCGGUGCUGAAGGCUGCGGUUCAUUGGCUGCAGGGUGAUGAUGCGUCGGUGAGGUCACUGCUGGCGGAGGCGGAGCGGAUGCCCAGAGCGCUGCACACACUGGAUCACCCGCUGCCGAGGGCCGUGCUAGCUCUGUGUAAGGCUGUGCAGAUGAGUGUGUGUCCACAGAAGGGCGAGGGGGUCGUCAGCUGCCUCAGUCACUGCCAGCGCUCCAGUGCUCACCUGCACAUCAGUGUGUGUCAGUCGCACAACACCUGGCUGCACAAGGGGGUGGAGCUUCUGGUGUGUGACCUCCUACUGACUCUGAGGACCAGCCUAUGGCAGCGUGGAGGCGGGUCUAAUGGUGAGCCAGGCCCCGCCCCCGGAUCCCAAUUGGCUGGAUUUCAGAGGGACCUGAGCUCUCUGCGGAAGCUGGGACAGGCCCACAGACAGGCCCAGCACAAGCUGUUCCUGCACGAGACGACAGUCCGACUGAUGGCAGGAGCCAGUCCCACACGCACACACCAGCUGCUGCGACACCGAACACACAACUACAGCACAGACGGUGUCUGUGCUCCGGGCGAGCGUGAGAGGGCUCAUGCUAUCCUGCUAGCGUGUCGUCACCUGCCUCUGCCCCUGCUGACCCCACCGGGUCACCGCGCUCGCCUGCUGGCCGAGGCCAAGCGCACGCUGGAGCGAGUGGGAGACCGCAGAUCCCUGCAGGACUGUCAGCAGAUACUGCUGCGGCUCGGAGGAGGAACCACCAUCACGGCCUCAUAACACACACACAGAUAACACACACACACACACACUGCUGCGGCUCGGAGGAGGAACCACCAUCACGGCCACAUAACACACACACACACACACACACACUUACUGAGUCUUCUUCAGCGGUAUGUUAGUCAUGAUUAUGUUCAUUCUGAACACACACACACACACACACACAAACACACAGACAGUUCAAUCAGAUCUACUGCAACAGCUAGUAAAUAAACUGUUUGCGUAUCUGUAGCUACCUCACACACACACACACACACACACACACACUCACACAAGAAUGUUGUACAGAACUGUCUUAAAGACCAAAGUCUUCUAGCGCUGGACACAUGAGGGUAUUAUCUAAUUAUUAUUUCACAUGACGACCUUAACACUUCAUCGUGUGUAAUAACUUCAGGUUCCGUUUCUGAUGUGUUUGUUUUAUUUUGCGUUGGUAGGUUUUUUCUAUCUUUAUUCUUUUAUUUUUGAAUAUAUGACAGCAGGACUUUUAUUAUGACAGCACAUGAUAAUAGGUAAUCAUAGAUGGUGAUGUAAAGUCACACAUAUCAGAAAUGAGCUGUUAAUGCAGAAAAAGCAUUGAAAAUAAGUUUUUAUUAUUUGCUGUUUUUAAUUAUUUAUUUCAAAGUUUCUGGUUGUGUUUUAAUAUCUAACUAAUAACUCUCUCUGAAGCUCCAUCUCUUUCUGCUCUCACUUUAUCUGAAUUUCUGCAUUUUAUGAAUUGUUUUAAUAAAACUGCAGAUGCCUUUGAAGAACCA